AUGAUUGUGGUCCUGGGCACAAUUCCCAAUGAACGGAUCGUCGCCCUUAACGAGGGAGAAGAAGUGUUGAUCCGCCGGGCCUCCACGCGAGACAACUCCCGUGCUGCACGGAUUACCAACCUCAACUUCAGAAAUACCCACUUAUCCAAGUCCCAUGCGGUGUUGAAGUACGAGAACGCCAGUUUCUUCUUGAAGGACGAAGGCUCCACAUUUGGAACGGUGGUCAACAACAACUUCCUCUUGGAAGGUGCAUGGGUCAAGCUUGUCACUGGAGACACUGUUGGGUUCAUUGUCACCAAGCCCCUGGCGGCGAUCGCAGAGGUGACUCUGAGACACGCAGACCAGGCCACGGUUCCCAUGAGCGAGUUCAAGCCAGCUUCGCUUGGGCUUGAGUUCCUGAUCGUGAUUUCUCACAACAUCAUCAAGUUUGUGCCAAUCGAGGUUUUGGAGGUCAAGGAGGCCUCCGAUGAAACCUUGUUGGAGGAUUUCACCAAGGAUGUGACCGAGGUGAGUGACGAAGAGAUUGAUGGCGACAAGAUCACUGCCGAGUCCCUGAAUGGCUCACUCAAACAAGAGAGUUCCAGCGAAGAUACCGUUGUCGAAGAGGAAGCUCUGGAGUGCCUCUACAAUUUGGGCUGCUGUCCCGGCCAAGCUGGAGUUAUCCAACGCUACGAUCCUCCAACGAAGUCCUCGGAUUCACUACUCACCAGGCUGUUCGAAUUCUUUAUGGAACGUUUCUCUCCAAAAGUUGAUAAAGAGUCGGAAUCUCGCGUCGAGGACAAAGAAUAUGAUGCUAAUGAAGAUGAUGUCGAACUCAUUCUAGACGAGCAUUCUUCAGACGCUGUUGAACCAGAAGAGAAAUCUUCCGGUGAUGUUGUUGAACCAGAAGAAGAAGCUUCCGGUGAUGUUGUUGAACCAGAAGAAGAAGUUUCAGACGAUGUUGUUGAAUGCAGAUGCACUCAGACUUUGGAGGAAGAUGAAUCCAAUGAAGAGGAUGAGCUCACGGCGAGAGCAGUUGAAAUUUGUGAAUUUUCAGAAGAAGAAGAUUCGGACUUGGAUCUGCUUUUACAUGGCAUCAACGCAAGAGUUUCAGAAUCCGAGGUAGGAAGUGAGUCAAAUGAAUCCGGUUCUGAGUUGGAUGUUGAAUCGGAGAACCUGACUGGUUCAGGUUCUGAUUCCGAAUCCGAAUCUGAAUCCGAGUCGAGCUCUUUAUUGGAUUACAAUUCAAUUUCAGAGGUAAGCUCCAUUUCAAGUGAUGCUAGUUUAAUCUCGGAUAUCUUGCAGUUGGAAGCUGGAUCAGAUAAUUCAGAAUCCGAGUCUUCAGAUGGAAUUGAAGUAACUCCGGUUCAGGUUGGCAAGACAGUUUUCUUGGUUGCAAAUGGCGAGGAUCUAGUGGAUUCACUUGCUUCAGAGCCUGAUUGUUGGGGUCGCUGGAAUCAGCAAUGCAAGGGUAGAAAGAGAACUUUCGAUGAAACUAAGGAGGAUGAUGAGGACGACGAUUAUGAGGUCGACGAUGCCGAGGUCUCUCCUCCUCCCGAAAAGAAGGCUAAGAAGGUUUCUUCAACAUUGAAAACUUUUGCCAAAGAAGUUGGUAAGGGUUUGUUCUAUGUUAUUGCCACUAUCACUGCUCUCGGCAUAUAUGGAGGAAAGCUUAACGAUCAGAAUAAGUGA